AUGGAGCGGGACCCGUCGCUGGCAGUGCGGGUGGGCUCGAUGCAUGCCGUCGAAAGCCUGCUGCAGGGCGCAGAGAGGGCCGGGUCCCUGGCCGCAGCGCAGGAGCGUCUGUCCACACGCGGCGACAAGUUCACGCCGCUGUCGGCGCGCAUCGCCGAGAUGCUCGUCGAGCUGCGCACCCGCCUGGCAGUGAUGCUGCAGAGAUGCGCCGAGCUGGAAGUCACGAUGCGGGCCGAGCAGCAGCUGCCCAGGGCGUUCCUCGAGAGCACCGAGGCCCUGCUCAAGGUCAUCCGCAUCUUUGUGCAGACGACGAGCAAGUCCAAGUUCCUGCAGCAGCAUGCAGCCACAAUCCGCUCGCCGACGCUGUCACUGAGCGCCUGCCGCGAGCCGCGCAUCGCAGUCAGCGCAUACGCCCUUUUGGGCCUCCUGCUGGGCUCGUCGGAUCAGGGGCCGGCUACAGAUGUGCAGGACGACGAGACUGCCCGGCAGAUCGCAGAUCAGCUGCUCCUCUCCGUGCAGCAGGACGGAAAUGCCGAGGCGGUCGGGGCGCAGGCGUGGAGGGCUUUUGGCGCGCUGGCGCAGGGGCGCUGGAAUGCACUGGGUGACGCCCGGCAACUGCACGCCGGUCAGCUGGUCUGCGACUCUCUCGCAAGCCCGAACGGCGCAAGUGUCGUGCGAGAGGCGGCAGCGCAGGCCUUUGUCCAGAUGCUCCGCGCAGAGGCUGCGCACAGCUGCACAGGGACGGCCUCUCGUCCGCCAGAGCAGCUGCACGGCUUGAUCACCCGCGCCGUCCUGACAGACGGCCUGUCGUCGACGUGCAGGGCGCUCUGGGCCGAGGUACUACCCGACUGGGCGAACAUCCGCGCAGCCGAUGCCGCCGAGCACGCCGACCGCCUGACUCGCGCGCUGCAGCGCUUCGCCCGCGAUUCCGAGUCGACGGUGCGCGCUGCUGCCGCACGAGCUCUUGGCGUCGCUCUCGCAGAGGCAAGCCAACGCCCGCGAGGAGCAGAUGACCCUUGGUGCUGCAGAGCGGAGGUGCAGGCCAUCGUCUUUGGCGAGAACGGGCUGCUGCGCGACUCGACCCCGCUCGUGCGCAUGCGAGCGGUAUGGGCCUUGGCCAAUGCCGUAGACGCCAUGACGCUCGACGCCAGAUCGGACGAGGACUGGCUGCGCAAGGCGCAAGCAGCUCGAGCCGCCGCGGCGGACGACGAGCGCAUUGCCGUACAUGCCUGGCGUGCUCUCGGCAGCGUCCUCUUCGCCAUGCCUCCGACACGGACGUCUGCUGUCGAGGCCGAGGCGCGCGCGUGCCUCUCCGCGCUCAUCGCAGGCCUGGCGACGGCGGUCCGCUCGCCGAAAGGCGCCUGGAACGGCGCCAGUGCCAUCGCGCGCGCCUUCCAAGAGCCUGUUGUGCGUGCACUCGCCGUGCAGGCCAAUCUCGCGGGCGCGGCGACUGCAGCGCUGGCUAAGUCCCUGGCGGCCCGCUCGUUCAAGACACAGCUCAGCGCCGCACGUGCGCUGUGCCUACCCACGAGCGUCGGCGAGUACGGCGGCGCCGAGAGCGGCAGCAUGCUGCGGCGCGACGUCGACCAAGCGCGCUCGAGCAUCGACGAGCGCGUGCGCGACGCCAAGUUCGCCGAGGCGCAGCUGCACGGCUAUCCGUGUGUGACGGCACUUGAGCAGCUCGAUCUCCACCUCACCCAACUCGGCAUCUGA